UCCAACAUCUGCCCAUCUGCGUCUAGAUAGAAUCCUCACGCUCCGCCACCCUCCCUCGAUACCCCCUCCCACGCCUUCGCACCCGAAGAACUACAGAAGAUCGUCGCGCGUCAUCGUCACAGUAUUGGAAGAAGCAUUCAUUGCUUAGAGGCACACGAGAGAGCAUCUGCGCAUUAUCGAUCCGACGACAACCUUCAGAUCGAUCCCCAAAGCCACGAUGCAUUUCACCACGUUGUCGGUCGCCUGGUUCGCCGCCCUGGCAUCAGCGUACUCCCACCCCCAGCAUGUGCACUUCCACCCACGCCGUCAAUACAACUCCUCGAGCAUCGACUCCGCUGCCUCAACCACCUUGACCGUCUUCUCUACCUCCGUCUACACCAUCACCAGCUGCGCGGCAAGCAUCACGGACUGCCCUGCCCGUCCUGCCGAGGCAACCAGCGAGAGCGUCGUCACCGAUGUCAUCGCUUUGACGACCACUGUCUGCCCCGUCGCUGAAGCAGAGUCCGCCAGCUCCGCCAUCAUCGCCUCCUACUCCGCAACCCCAACCCCAAUCAGCACCACCAGCAGCGCUUGUGUUCCCGUGACUGUCACCGUGACCUCAGCUGUCUCUACCGUCACUGUGACCGAGACCGCCGUUCCAACUGCCGCGUCCAACGCAGCCGGAGAGGAUGCCGCUCCCUCAAACGUCAAGGAAGCCGCUGUCACCAGCUUCGGAUCCGCGGCUACCAGCAGCUCCGGCCCCGUCGUGAUCUACAGCACCGCCACCGUCGUGCCCGUCCCCGUCAGCAGCCCCGCCUACCCUUACAACAACGGAACCGGCAGCAGCUCUGGGUACGCCGGCAAGAGCGGGUUCAUCUCCAUCACCAAGCCCACCGCAUCCGCCAGCGCAUAGAUGAUCCUGGCUCGCCCAAGGGGAAACGAUGCAGAGGACGAAUUUCAUUUGAGAGGGGUUUCCGAAUAAGACUUUCUGAUUUCAACUUUU